CAGGCUGUAAGUGUCUGGCUGUAGCUCUAUAGUUGUGCAUCCUUUUCUGUUUAUUUAUUACAGCACCACUUCAGCAGGAAAUGCCCUGUUAUCCAUCAAUUAUAAUUUUAAGUGAGUUGGGUUGAAAUAGGUGCAUCAAAAUGUCAGAGAAAAGUGAUUUAAAAGCAGAACUGGAGCGUAAAAAGCAAAGACUGGCUCAGAUACGAGAGGAGAAAAAAAGAAAAGAGGAGGAACGGAAAAAGAAAGAGGCUGAGUUGCAACAGAAGAAAGAGACUCCCCCCGAGGACUCCGAUCUUGACCGCAAACGCAGAGAGACGGAGGCUUUGCUGCAGAGCAUUGGUAUCGCCCCAGAGCCAGCACUAGUGCAGCCUUUGCAAUUAGUAACAUGGGAUGCCUGUUAUUUUCAUUAUUUAGUCCCAACCCCCAUGUCUCCCUCCUCGAAAUCAGUGAGCACACCCAGUGAAGCUGGAAGCCAGGAUUCCGUAGACGGCGGACAUGUUGGAAGGGCACUACAAUGGGAUACCGAUCCUUCUGUACUGCAGCUGCAGUCUGACUCUGAUCUUGGCCGCCGCUUGCCUAAACUUGUGAUUUCAAAAAUUACCCAAGUUGACUUUUUACCUCGAGAGGUGGUGUCAUACUCCAAAGAGACCCAAACGCCAGUUGCUCACGAGCCAGAAGAAGAUGAAGAUGAUGAGAUGCCUGAACUGAAUCUUGGAAUUGAAUCUGAGUUGGAGAACCAAGAGUCGAAAGCUGAUAGUAAAGAAGCUUCUCCAAGGGAACUCACUGAAGCGGAGAAGCAACAAAUUCUUCAUUCUGAGGAAUUUUUGAUUUUCUUUGACCAUAACAUACGUAUUAUAGAACGUGCUCUUGCUGAAGAUUCCAGCCUCUUUUUUGACUAUGGUGGCAAAGAAUUGGAUGAAAAAGAAGGAGACUUUCAAUCUGGACUAAACCUUUCAUUUAACCGCCAGUUUUAUGAUGAACAUUGGUCAAAACACCGUGUUGUAACCUGUUUAGAUUGGUCACUUCAGUAUCCUGAACUGAUGGUUGCUUCUUAUUGUAACAAUGAAGAUGCCCCACAUGAGCCAGAUGGGGUAGCUUUGGUUUGGAAUAUGAAAUUUAAGAAAAACACCCCAGAAUACAUCUUCCACUGUCAGUCUCCAGUAAUGUCGGUCUGCUUUGCCCGAUUUCACCCAAAUUUGGUAGUUAGUGGUACCUACUCUGGACAGAUUGUUCUCUGGGACAACCGCAGCCACCGUCGAACUCCAGUUCAACGAACCCCACUCUCUGCUGCUGCUCACACUCAUCCUGUGUAUUGUGUGAAUGUCGUUGGAACACAAAAUGCCCAUAAUCUGAUCACAGUUUCCACAGAUGGAAAAAUGUGUUCCUGGAGCCUGGAUAUGCUGACUCAACCACAGGAAAAUAUGGAGCUGGUAUACAACAAGUCAAAGCCUGUGGCUGUCACUAGCAUGGCUUUUCCAACAGGAGAUGUCAACAAUUUUGUUGUGGGCAGCGAGGAGGGCAUGGUUUAUACUGCAUGUCGCCAUGGCAGUAAGGCUGGUAUUGGUGAAAUGUUCGAGGGACAUCAGGGUCCGGUGACUGGUAUCAACUGUCACAUGGCUGUGGGACAGAUUGAUUUCUCUCAUCUCUUUGUCACUUCUUCGUUUGAUUGGACAGUCAAAUUAUGGACCACAAAGCACAACAAGCCUCUCUACUCCUUUGAAGACAAUGCAGACUAUGUCUACGACGUCAUGUGGUCACCAGUGCAUCCUGCACUAUUUGCUUGUGUGGAUGGGAUGGGACGAUUAGACCUCUGGAACCUCAAUAAUGACACUGAGGUACCAACAGCCAGUGCAGCAGUCGAGGGAACAUCUGCACUAAAUAGAGUCAGAUGGGCAUCAACUGGCAGAGAGGUGGCAGUAGGAGAUUCAGAAGGACAUGUAUGGGUUUAUGAUGUCAGUGAGCAAUUGGCAAUCCCUCACAGUGAUGAAUGGGCUCGUUUUGCUAGGACCCUGGUGGAGAUCCGGGCUAACCGGGCAGAUGCUGAAGAGGAAAGUGUAGUUGAACUGUCUGCACAGCUGUAAGCCAUUAUGUACACCCACUGCCUUGCCAGCCCAAUGAUGCCAUUACCAGAUAUGCCAGUGUAAAGUGCCAUUUAAGAUGAUAAGCUGCUAUUAUUAUUUUUUUUCCAUUUCACACGUCUAGUAUGUUUAACAAAAUGUUAAAUGUGUUUAAAAACUGCACUGCAUAAUGAAAUAAACUUCUGGAUUCUUAAAUAGGUGUCACAUUCUAAAACUAUAAGUACUCAUUAAUACAUUUUAGUUUUAUUUAAUAACAUGAAGCCCAUAGUUAAAUUUUGUGUUUGCAGGCUUGUAUGCUAUAGAUCUAUUAAAUCCAUAUGAUGCCAGAUAUGACAUGCAGAUGUGGCGAGUCAUGCUGUACGAGACUGAGCCAAGAAUUUCAAAUGUGGUGUUUUCAAAUGUGCAUUCAUAGUGCACACAUUAUGAAUGGUUGUACUGUAUUAGAAUUGCUGCUUCAUAUUUAUUAAACUACUGCAUGGAACAUACUAGAAAAAUAUUAAACUAAUUUAGAACAUGUGCCAUCUUUAUUGUCUCUAU